CAUCUUGAUUGCAUAUUUUUUUGAACAUACAACAAUAACACCAAUUUGCUAAAAUGAAUAACGAUGAAUUGGUCGACUUUACUGACUUAAUCAGCAGUAAGAGCGGUCCACUGGACCUAAGACUGCCCGACGUGCGUCACAUCAAGGAUAUAGGCGAGUUCAUGUCCGAUCCCAAAAACUUCAAUGGCGAUAUCAAUAAAUUGACCGAUGGCCUGGAAGCAAAAGCACAGCAAUGCCGGAAUGUUCUUAAAAUCCUGAAGGAGCGACUCCAGUUGAAGACGGCCACUAUGCAAAAGGUUAAGACGGACGUUAUGGAAUUGGAUGCGGAGAUCAAAAAGCCCGGGGCUGAAAAUCGUUUUGUGACCAACCAUGAGAAAGUAAAAUUGCAUUUUCUAGACGAGACAGAUUCUGGUGAAUACAAUGUGCCCGAGGCCCUGGAACGUUACAGCGUUAAGAUGAGCUCCCUUUACCGUGAGAUUCUGGCUUUGGACAGCGAUGUCGACUGUGUCUCUUAUCUGGUCGGAGUUGCCCAGAUCAACAUCGACUAUGUGAAGGAUUGGUAUAAAACGAAGAUACAAAAUAAGACCGAAAAAUCGCUUCCCGAUGACGUUGGCGAUUCAGUAAAGAAAUUCUGAAAUUUUCUAAGC